AUGUGGAAUUCUAUACUUAAAGAAUAUGGUCUAGAAAAUAAUGAUUGGCUUGCAAACUUGUACGAAAUUCGAGAGAAGUGGAUACCAGUAUACCACCGUGGUACAUUUUUUGCUGGAAUAACUACAACAGGUCAUAGCGAAGGAGCAAAUGCAUUCUUUAAGGAGUUUCUAUCACCCAAAACCAACUUAAGGGAGCUUGUAAUUAGGUAUGAUCAGGCAUUGACAAAGGUUACUGAGACUGAAAUUGCAGAAGACUAUGUAUCAGAGCACAAGAAUCGUCUUAUAAACGAGAACAACCUAAGUUUGAAGCAUGCAACAACCAUCUACACAUGUAAUAUCUUUGAAAAGUUUCGUGAACGACUAGUUGAUUCACUUCGUUUUAGAUCUGAAGAGCUAGAAGCUGAUGGAGUUUUCAAAAUAUAUUCAGUCAAAGAUAAAGAAGGGCCUGCUCAUUUUACCGUGAAGCUGAAGCCAGACACAAACGAAGCGUAUUUCACGUGUAAACAUUUUGAGUUUAUGGGAUUACCUUGCAAACAUGUUCUGCGAAUUUUCAAUAGGCUUGAAAUCGAAGAAAUCACGUCACAUUUCAUCUUAAAACGUUGGCUGAAAGGCGCCAACUUGUUUAGAACAAUUGAUGGCACAACUACAUGGGAUAAAUAUGGGUGCGCUGACGCACUUAGGCUCACUCACUUAUGGAGGAUAUCAACACAAGUGUGA